GGGCGCUAAAGAGAAGACCUCUGUGUGACACAUCGAUGACGGUCGACUCCACAUACAACACGAUUGACAGUCAGAGGUGUCAAAAAAUAAAUUACUGAGAAGGAUUGUCAGCCUACAGCAGUGUAAAAUAUGGAGGAGAGAUUAGAGCCUGAUCUCGAUGAAAUAAUGGCUGAUUUGGAGGAGUUACAGAGUGAGGAGGCAGUAAAAGAAACACCAAAAAAACGAAAAAGAAAGAAGAUAAAACUCAGGUGGAAACAAAGAGACCAAAAAGGAUUCUUGGUCUAUGAGAAGCAUAAACGAAAGACAGACCGAUCUGAAAGACCAGUUGCCUCAACCAGUGCCUCUUCAAAUAACCCUCAAGAAGUUGAGCUUGAAACUACAAACACAUCUGAAGCCUCAACUACCAAACAUUUUGGAGAAGUAGAUGCACAUCGGAUUAUUGAUUUACAAGUACAUCUACUCCAAGAUGCAAUGGACUGUGAUGAACCCAGAUCAACAGCAUCUAAUGAUUGGGCACUGAGGCAAUCCUUGUCUGAAGAACGCUGGCAGGAAGCAAGACCAAAACUCCUUGACAGUUUGCUUGCUUCAGACUGUGUACAUCUUGGUCCUUGUGAUCACUGCAGCUUGAAAGAAGCAGUCAUCAGGUGCAAGGACUGUUUGCCUAAACCCCGUUACUGUGGAAAGUGUGAUGUUUCUACGCAUCAACAUCUAGUUUUUCACAACAGAGAGACUCUUAUAGAUGGGUUCUAUAAACCUGUCCCUCCAUCAACUGCUGUGCAAGACUUCAGUGGCCAAAAUGUCAUAUAUGAGCAAGUGUGCUUGCUGCCAAUCACACAACCUGAAAAAGUGUGUGAUUGUGACCCUCAAAACCUCUCUGUUGUCGCCGGACGAUCAGUUGCACUCAUUUGCAUAAAUGGUCGCUAUGACAUGUACCUGCCAGUUAUGAAUUGCAGAACAUGUCAUGCGUCAUGGACACCUGAAGUGGGAGACCUGCUGUGUAGUGGUUACUGGCCGGGCACUGUGGGAUUUCAAACCAUAUACCAGCUAGACCUUUUCAUCUCUUUUGAGGACCUGAAGAUCAAUGCACCUGGUCUUUCAAGACAAGCAUUUGUCAAAAUGUUAGAACAGCGCUCACAACAAUUUGGAAGGAGAGGUUACAUUUGUGGCGACAUCUUCCAAAAAGCUUUCCUUGAAUGGACAUAUUGUCUUCAUGAAAGAGAAAAACUCUGCGGCAUUGACCACUUCUCUUGCCCAGCUUGCACCCCAGAUACAGUUGCUGUGUCUGCAGAUGGAAACAGAAAAUUAUAUAGAUUCAGCAAAACAAAGGGGGUAGAGGAACAACCAUUUUUUGAUGGAGUUUUUCUGGCCAAUGACAAAGCUGUAGCAACAUUUGUUGAUUGUGUUCGUGAGAAGAUCAAGCCAGUAAGUGGAAAAGGCACCUGUGGAACAUCAACAUGGGCUGCAGCCAGGGAGACCUCUAAGAAGACAAACUCCAAAUGUGACGAAGAAGGCUUAGAGGUGGCAGUUUGCAGACACUGCAUAUUGCUUAGAGGUCUGAACAUGUUCAGGGGGGAGAUAUUUGCAUACCCUCUGUUUUUGCAAAAUGAUCUGGCCACAAAAACAAAUUGCAAGUUCUUCUGCACCGACAUCAUGUGUAGAUAUUGGCCUUAUCUACAAAAGGUGGCUCAAGCAUUCCCAGAAAUGAAAAAAUUGACUCAGAUGAAGCCAUUUCUUUCGGUCAUGCAUGCAAAGGGGCAUUCUACAAAAUGUGAGGUGCAGUGGGGUGGCAAAAACCAAACAGGGGCAGGCACUACCAUUGGUGAAGAAGUUGAACAAGUCAACAGCUUUUUGUCCCGUGUGGCUCUAACUACAAAAUACAUGAGUAAGGCUGCACGAGUAGAUAUGAUCACAUUGCAUGCCAGAGGAUGGAAUGAGCGAAAAAAAAGAAACCUGCACAAGUACUUGUCUACACGGUACUUGAAGACUAUCCAGAAGACAAAGGAAGUCAAAGAGGACAUUGAGGCUAUAAAGGAGUCCACGCAAAGGUCUGAUGAGGAACUACAACAGUGGGUUACUGAUGUGAGACAGUGGGCAGUUGACACUCCAGAUGACCUCCGAACAGAUGAUCCAGUGGCGUUGCAACAUCUGAUUGAAGGCCUAUUUUUGGGCAUCCAGCAGAAAAAGAGGGAUCUGUAUCGUGUAACCGACCGUAACAAACAGCGACACAAGAUCCGAAGACGGAUUGGAGAGGAUAAGAAAAAGCUGUUUAAUGCCAUAUCCCAAUACGACGGUCUUCCAACCACAACAGAAUCUGUAGGUUCAAUUGAAGACCUUCUUACAACAGAAAUCUGGCCUUGGGAUUCUGAACCUGACACUUCUUUAGGAAUGAAGAAGAAAGUUUUUGACAAGGUGAUGCAGCUGGAGAGACUGAUUGAGGAAGAGGCUGUACUUGUAGAGGAAAUGAAACAACAUUGGACACAGCUUACAAGAACCUACAGGGCCUUGAAGGACCAGGCUAGAGCAGUGUCAGAUGACUUGGCCACACAGAGCUUCCCUUCAGGACUUUCUGGUGAAGCUUACCGUGGCCUAUACAGUGCUGUCCUACAAAAAUGUGAGGAGAUCAAAAGAGACCUGGUGACUGUGAAAGAAACAUAUUCCCGAAUAGCGUUAGGUGGCAAUGAUGGACCUGUUGUUGAAAAAGAAGAUGAAGACCCAUUUGAGCAUGCCUCCACAGAUGCCUCUACCGAUGAUGAAUUAUAGUUUUGACUAGAGUUUUGACUGGUCUUCUUACUCUAGGUGGCUCAAGUUUGCUGGGUGCAGUAAUUUACUCCUCUCCUGUAAAAGUAGCAUCUUAAAUCAGACUUUCUCUGCUCUACUCAGCCACUUUGAUGAAUCUGUGUUUUGAAGCCAUGUUUUCUCCCCAUUGUAAAGAAUAAAACCU